CUAACUUGGAGUUCGUCCAUGGUUCCAAUCUGCCUCUGGACGAACGUUACCCACACACCGAUCGAGCUGGACAUCAACUAUCCCUCGGAAAACUCGUAUUACACGCCCAAAAAGCACCACCCGAUGUACGGCUCGGACUGUCAACGGACGCAUCCACACGUGAUCAGAGACUCUCAGCUGUGCACGCGAAGUCCCUACGAAAGUGCCGUGUGCGUGACUUCCGGAGAUCAGCUGAUAUGGGCGGAUGAAGAUGCAAAGGUUCGAUACUUGGUCGGACUGUCCACAAACUCGUGCGAACAAGUCAAGUGGAAAUAUUCCGUUUUCACAAGGAUUUCAUCUUAUUUAGCGUGGAUCAGUGAGAAUGCAUUUUAAAUGAUUUCAUGCAAAUUAAACCUUAUACAUUCCUCAAACA